AUGACGAUUCUCGGGGACGAUUCUGAAUCUGAUUCUUCGGAAGAGGAAUGGGUUUUCACGUCAGUAGAACAGAAUGCAGAUCAAAAUACUGAUAAUCUUGAUCGAUUGAUAUCAUCGGCCGAAAGGUCAGAGGCGACUAGUCAUACGCAAAUCCAUCCAACUCGUCCGAAGCAACAGACCUAUCUCCAUAGCGAUCAUCACAACGAUGAUCGAGCCAUAGCAGAGAUUGAAGAGACUAACGCUAUUCAUGAUGUAGAUACUGCUGCUCCUUUACGAAUAGCGCAAAAGCAUGUGAGGCAACAAUCAUUCGCGAGAAGAACCUCUCCAGCAACACAAAAGCAACCCUCCACACCGCCCUCGCCUUCCCCACCGAAAAAUUUGCUAUUUCAAUUACCACAAAGCACGCCUAUAAGGAUUUCGACGCCUGUACCCACUUCAGGAACGAACCCUCCCCUUCUCGGACCCUAUCGACCCAAAUCGAGCAAUUCGAUCGUUCUAAAUCCAUCUUCACCCGUAUUCCUACCGGCCAAACUGUCUCAGCCAGUCUUGUCUUCAACCCUACCUUCCAACCGCUCAAAAUCCCCUACCCUCAGUUUACAAUACAUCAGCGAUAUUGAAUUGAAAAUGCUUUGUAUAGCCAAUAAUUCACUUUUGUUGAUUACUCGCUUAGUGAGUGUUUAUAAAAACGCCGAAGUUUUCAGCCGUAUUCGUGAAAUCGAAACCCAAGCUUCGUUUAUCGAGAUACGUUUGAAGAAUAAGCUUCACUAUUGCAAAGAUCCUUGCGACUUCAUUUUGGAUGCUCUUGAAUAUCUCAGUCACCACGCUGAAGCGAAGAAGAAUAUGCAGCAUAAAUUCAGAAAACAGCUAUGUACUGUUUUAUGUCAAGCUAUACAUAUGUAUUUAAAUAUGGCUUUAGAUAGACGACUGGAUCUGAAGCUACAACCUGAUAAAAAGCGAGAAGAGGACAAUGAUGGGAAGAAGAAACGAGAAGAAAAAGACAAAAAGGCACAGAUACCCAAAGAAAUCGAUUUGAUAUCAUUUGAAGAAACACAACCACCCACACAGCCGCUAGAGCCAACCAUUGAUUUGAUUAGUUUUGAUGAUGAGGACGAUGAUCAAGAGGAGCAAAGCUUGCUGAACGAUGAUGACUGCAGUGAUACGAACUUGUUAUUGUUCCCUAAUGAUGCGAAACAAGAAGCAUCUGCCGAUUCCUUACCUAUGGAACAUGAGCCAUCCAUGGCCGCAGAAGAGAAAGAGGAACACAACGAUACUGAUACAGAUAUAGACGUAGAUUUGGAAGUCUCUGACUCGGACGAGGAAGUCAUCACUAUUGGCCAAUUGUUGGGAGUAUCGGACAACAUCAUAGAACAAAUUUCAUUGACACGAACGCAUCAAGAACGGCUGCUUCAGAUGACUACCUCUCUUCCUUCACCCAUUAUAGUCUAUUAUGCGCUAGAAGUGUUUAAAAUUCCUUCCAUUGCCUCUCGUGGAUGUGCUUUUGAAGAAGAAGGAGUCAAGUUGGCGCAAACGUUAAUGCAGCAUGCUUUUUAUGACGAAGCAGUGGCAACCAUUCGCAAACUCAACCUCUUCUCACAUUACCCACCUGAUACAACAGCUAAUUCGUUUCUUACCGGUGGUUACGGCAAGCAUCUACAUACCCUCUAUGCUGGCCAUCCUGAAUUACAGAAGCAACUGCUCUCGUACAUCAACAAGCAACUUCGAUUCAACUUUGCAGGUCGUCUCGGCAUUGUUCCUGAAGAACAUUUCACUGACCUACGAGAUGGAGGUGACACGACAACACCCUUAUUAAGACUCAAAGAACGUAAAUUUCAAAAAGAGAUUGCCAAUUGUGGAAAUAAAGUGCUUAGAGAUCUUGCUAUACCCCAGGAAGUAGCCGAUAAAGACUAUUACUUCAUUACGUUAUCUGGUAAAUAUGCUUGUUUACGUUACAUAUUGGCGCAAAGAUCCGUCCAACAGUCAGAGGAGGAGGACGAUUCUAUCUCUUCCAGUGAGAAUUUCAAUGGCCUGCUCGAUUUGAUAUGCCAGGAAAACCCGGUGAUAGCCAAAUUGUGCAUUAAAGAAUUGGUGGAUACAGGCGAUACAGUAGCAGCGCCUUACUUUGCAUCGCGCUAUGACCAGCAGGAUUUUUAUUGUCUCUAUAAUACAUUGCCAUUAGAGAAGCGCCUCCUGGGUGUUGUGAAAGGUGAGCAAAUGUCGAAGCAUAAGUCUUCGUUUAUGAGUCGAAAAGCGCCUCGCCUUCAAGCAUCGCGUUACUAUGAACUGCCGCCACGCAUCAAACGAGUGCUUGUGAAUUCACGUGAAACGCUGAUGUUGAUGAAGGAUAUCCUGUCGGUUUCAAAUGUAUGCGGAUUGGAUACAGAAUGGAUACCGGCUUUUGCUUCGAAAAAUGGUGACGACAAGACGGCGUUAAUGCAAAUUGCUUCGGAUAUUGAUGAUUACGUCUUUCUGCUGGAUUUGAAAACGAUGUAUGCAUCAGAGAAUGUCCAGUUGUUGGGAUGGACAGAGAUCAUAUUGAAGCUGUUGUUUGAAGACGCAGAAAUACUUAAAUUGGCGUUUGACUUUACUGGCGACUUUUCCAAAUUACACAAUUCUAUACCCUCGUCGACGCAUUGGAGCGUCACCUCCAUGAUGGAUUUGAAAAAUUUGAAAACUAUGAAAGGAGAGUCCAUCAUAGGAGGCUUGAAUGGUGUCGUUUACUCAUUUUUAGAUGCCAAUCUAUCUAAAAAACAACAAUUAAGCAAUUGGGAACAGCGACCUCUGUCAGAAGCACAGUGUAUUUAUGCGGCCAUUGACGCUGUGUGUAUUUUGGAUGUGUUUUCGGUGCUUUGCCAACUAAAUCAUCCUUUCAUACGCCAUCUGCCAGAGAAUUUUACAAAAGCCAUACCAGAACCAUCCUUUCCUCCUCUCAACCGACCUUCGAACCACCCAUUAUAUAAGUAA